CGGUGCACUGACAGUGGCUCUGUACGACUUCUCUGCCGACAACAAUCGCGUGCGUCCGUCUGUGUUGACGCCGCCCGGACACACCGUUGCAUUGUUCCGUCGUCACAUGGCGCAAUCCGUCCUUUCUCCAAUUUUCCACUAACGCUGGAGCUGAAAUGACGACUUGGCUAGUAAUUCUGCUGGCGACAUGCUGUUCUCUAGUCACUGGGUGCCAGUUCUCGCCGGCGGGCGAGUACCUGCGCUUCGUGCGGCUGCCGGAGAACGUGCCGGUGGGCGGCGAGGUGCUGCAGGUCGAGGUGCACCCGCGGCACGGCCUCUCGCUGCAGCCCAUAGACAAGGCGGAGGACGCGACGUUCUUCGAGGUGCGCGAGCUGAGCAGCCAGCUGGUGUCGGUGGCGCUGGCGCGCUCGCUGGAGGACCUGGUGGACGGCGACAGCCCGCAGAACGUGCUCAAGUUCCGCCUCGUCUGCGACUACCAGGACGGCGACGACACGAUUUCUUCAUUCCUGUCCGUGACGGUAUACGUGGAGGAUGUGAACGACCACAGUCCUGUGUUCGUGAAUGCGCCGUACCAUGUCACCGUCGAUGAACUUACGCCCGUAGGCGCGACGCUGUUCCGCGACGUGCGCGCGACGGACGGCGACAAGCCCAACACGGCCAACUCGGAGGUGGCGCUGAGCAUCGCGGCGGGCGACGAGCGCGGCCGCUUCUCGCUGGAGGCCGGCCCGGGGCCCCGGGCGGCGCUCGUGCUGCGCCAGCCGCUCGACUACGACGCCGGCGACGUCGAGUUCGACCUGACGCUGCUCGCCACGGACCGCGGCACGCCAGCGAGAAAUUCAACCACACAGCUGGUGGUGUCCGUUGUUGACAACGAUGAUCUGCCGCCCAAAUUCACCCGAGACGUCUACCGCACGCAGAUCAGCGAGUUUUACCCCAUCACCGGCGCGCGCAUCCACCAGGAGCUGCGCUUCUCGCCGCCGAUCCAGGCGUACGACCAGGACGCGUCGCUGAACGCGCCGCUGCGCUACGACAUCGUGUCGGGCAACGAGCAGCGGCUGUUCCUGCUGGACGCGCAGAACGGCUCUCUGUUCCUGGAGCGCGAGCUGGACCGCGAGCGCCACAGCGGCGUGCUCGUGCUGCAGCUGCAGGCCUCGCAGGCCGACCGGCCGCUGCGCGUCGCGCACGCGCGCGCCGAAGUCGCCCUGCUCGACCUCAACGACAACCUGCCCGAGUUCGAGGUCGACGCCUACAAUAUCAGCAUCGUCGAGAACCUGCCAAACGGCUUCAGCGUGCUGCAAGUCGCCGCCACCGACAGGGACCAGGGCGAGAACGCAGAGUUCUGGUUCGAGCUGGAGGACCCGGAGCAGGCGUUCUCGGUGGAGGCGGACUCUGGCUGGCUGAUGGUGCGCGACCAGAGCAAACUGGACCGCGAGGCGCGGCCGUCGCUGCACAUGUCGGUGGUGGCGCGCGAGAAGACCCCCAGCGUGGCCGCCCCCGCCGCCGCCGCCGCCAGCCGCGUCGCCGUCGAGGUGACGCUGCUCGACGCCAACGACAACAACCCAGCCUUCCAGCCAGACAACCUCUACUCCUUCUCCGUGCGCGAGGACGCCGCACCAGGGACCGUCAUCGGAAAGGUGUGGGCGACGGACGCGGACCUGGGCCGCAACGGGCAGGUGGUGUACGCCGUGCAGGCGGCCGGCGGCGCCAACGGCAGCGGCGGCGGCGGCGUCGCGGCGCCCGCCUUCACGGUAGACGCGCAGAGCGGCGAGGUGGCCCUGGCCGCGGGGGCGCGCCUCUCCGUGGGCCGGCACGCGCUCUUCGUGGAGGCCUCCGACCAGCCCGAGAACCCCAGCGAGCGGCGCUUCAGCAUCGCCGUCGUCUCCGUGGACGUGCAGCCUGUCGGGGUAAAAGCCAGAGGAGAGGAGGACAUUCCGGACUUCGUGGGCGCGCCGUACGAGUUCUGGGUGGGCAGCACGGUGCCCGUGGGCACCAGCGUGGGGCAGCUGCGCACCAACGCCGCCGUCGACGGCCGCUCCGCCGUCUUCGACCUGCUGCACAGCUUCCACCAGGGCGUGCCCUUCGCGGUGGAGGAGCGGUCGGGCGUGAUCAGCGUGGUGGACGAGAUCGGCAAGUACGCGCCCACGCUGUACGACUUCGAGGCGGUGGUGGCGGCCGAUCCGGACGUGGCGCUCGUCACCAACGUCACCAUACACGUCGUCAAGCUGGACGGGGCGCAGCCGCAGGACAUCAAGCGGGAAGUGGAGCUGCACGUACUGGAGAACCAGCCGGCGUCGGUGGUGGGGCGGCUGCCGCCCCCGGCGCAGGAGGCAGUACUGGGGGCGGAGGUGCGCUACACGCUGGCCAACGGGCACGAAGAGGCGGCGCGCAGCCUGGCCGUGGGGGCCGACGGCUCGCUGCUGGCGCAGAGGCCGCUCGACCGCGAACGGCAGGACGUCUUCCACCUGACCGCGCUCGCCGAGACCUCCAGGGGCAUCGCCGCCGUCUACCAGGUGACGGUGUUCGUGGACGACGAGAACGACAACGCGCCGGCGUUCGAGCACGCUCGGUACGAGGGCGCAGUGCGGGAGGACGCGGCGCCGGGCGCCGAGGUGCGGCUGCAGCCGCGGGCGGUGCGCGCCAGCGACGCCGACGCCGGCAGCCACGCCGCCUUCUCGCUGAGCCUGCGCGGCGACGGCAGCCACCUGUUCCGCCUGGACGCCGCCACCGGCCGCCUCUACCUGCGCGCGCCGCUCGACCGCGAGCAGGCGGACCACUACAACCUCAGCGUCGUCGCCAAGGACACCGGCAACUUGAGUUCCGAAGCGAAGCUGACGGUGAGCGUGACGGACGUGAACGACAACGCGCCGCGCUUCGUGCAGCUGGUGGUGCUGCACGGGGAGCCGCGCCGCAGCGAGGUGCGCAACGUGAGCGGGUCGGCGCGGGCGCCGCUCGAGGUGACGGUGGAGGAGACGGCGCCGCCGUCGGCGCCGCUGCUGCGGCUGGUCGCCACUGACCGCGACGCGGGCGACAACGCCAGCGUGUCGUACAGCCUGGCGGCAGAGGUGCUCACCGCCGGGCCGCGCUCGCCCUGGUCCGUGCCGCACUACCGCUCCGUCGCCGAGAGCCUCAACUCCAGCGACGCCUUCCUGGAGCUGGACGCGUCCGUGGACGGCGGCGGCUGGGCGCGCACCCAGUACCGCACCAGCAGGGACGACAGUCGCGCGCGCUGGACCGUCACGCGCUUCGUGGGCGACGGCGACGGCGACGUGGACUGGGCGCAGCCGCCCGCCUCGGCGCCGGCGGACAACGCCACCGGCUACUUCUUCGCCGUGCACCGCACCAGGGGCGAGAUUCGGCCUCUGCGUCGCCUGCCGGCCGAGAGCACGUUCCUCCUCCAGGUGGUGGCUACGGACGGGCCCGGGCUGUCGGACACGCUGGAGCUGCGCAUCCGCGUGGCGGACGUGAACGACCACGCGCCGGAGUUCGAGCGGCCGUGGUACCGGUUCGAGGUGGCCGAGUGGAACUCGUCUGCGGAGCGCGAGGUGGGGCGGGUGCGCGCGCGCGACCUGGACCACGGGGACAACGCGCGCCUCGCCUACCACCUGCUGCCGACCGGCGGCCAGGAGCUGGAGCUGCCCUUCCGGCUGGGCGCCGACGACGGCGUGCUCACCGCGACGCGGCCGCUGGACCGCGAGCAGCGCGAGGUGUACGCCUUCAAGGUGCGCGCCGUCGACCAGGCGCCGCCGGCGCUCCGCCGAUCCGCCACCGUCGACGUCCAGGUGGUGGUGCUGGACGUGAACGACAACGCGCCGGCGUUCGAGAGCUUCUCGGCUAUCGAGACGGACGCGUCGGGGCGGCCGCUGCCCGUGUACCGCGCCUCGGUGCCCGAGUCGGCGGCCGCGGGGCAGGAGGUGCUGCGGCUGGCCGCCAGGGACGCGGACGCGGGCCGCAACGCGCUGCUGCUCUUCUCGCUGCUGGACGCCGCCCCCACGCCGCCUCCCGGCGGCGCCGCGCUGGACGCCGAGCGAGCGCCCCUCAUCAGCGCCAGGGUCGUCGCCGCCGACCUGGGCUCGCCCAGCCUCAGCGCCACUGCCCUCAUACAGGUGGAGGUGCAGCCGGAGCCGGAAGGUUCGUCGGCGCGGCAGGCGGUGUUCUCGCCUCGGUACCUGGAGGUGUCGGUGGAGGAGAACUGCGAGACGCCGGUGGUGGUGGCGGCGCUGAACGUGUCUGCGCCCUACCGCGGCCUGCCGCUCAACCUGAGCGUGGCGCCGUCGCGGCACGCCGCCUGGUUCGCCAUCGGCCGCGACAACAGCUCGCUGCUGCUGGUGGCCAGCCCGGACCGCGAGGCCACGCCGCGCCUCGAGGCCACCGUGCGCGCCACCUACAGCCGCCGCGGCCGCCUCGUGCUGCUCUACCCGCCAGACCUCGGAGACCUGGGUCACGACGAGGCGCGCGUGGUGGUGCUGGUUCGCGACGUCAACGACAACUCGCCCCGCUUCCUGGGCAGCGGGCGACCUCUGGUGACGGCCAUCCCCACCUCCACCACCUACGGCCACCACAUACUCACUGUCAAGGCGGAGGACCCGGACGAGGGCGCCAACGGCGAGGUGCGCUACUCGCUGCUGGGCGGCGCCGGCUCAGGCCCGCAGGCGCGCUUCGCGGUGGACGCCGCCAGCGGCCGCGUGCGCGCCCUCUCCUCCUUCCGCAGGGACGCCGGCCGUGUCUUCGGCUUCGACGUCAAGGCCACCGACCGCCGCGGCGCCGACGACGGCCGCUCCACCAUCGCCAACGUGCUCGUAUACGUCUUGGAAGAUGACAAGCAAGUAAUCAUGGUCGUCGCUACGAAGCCCACAAUGGUGGAGAAGAACGUUGAGAACAUCACCACGGCGCUGUACAACGCGACGGGGCUCGACGUGCGAGUGCGCAAGCUGGAGCCGCACAUGGGCCGGGACAGCGAGACCGUCUCAGGGACUGAUUUGUACUUGUACGCAGUCGACCCCCAUAUGAACGCCGUCAUUGAUAUGGACACAUUACAAAAUGUGCUGACGGCGCGCCAGGUGGACGUGCGGCGGCGGCUGGAGCGGUUCCGCGUGCUGCACGUGUCGGCGCCGCCCCCGGCGCCCGCCCCCCGCCCCCCGACCCCCGCCGCCGCCGGCCGCUGGCUGUCGUCGCUGGAGGCCGUCGUGCUCGCCCUCGGGCUCAUCGUCUUCGUCGGUGCCUUCGCCACCGCCGUCUGCAUCGGCUGCGCGCGCCGCAAGAACAGGCUCAGGCGCCAAGAGGAGCUGGGUAAGGCUCUGACGUCGCCAUUCACGCUGUCGGCGGCACCGUCGGGGCCUGCGUACAACGGCGACACGACGGACACGUACGUGGACAUGCACUCGCGCCGCUCCGGCGAAAGCGGGGGCGGCGGGGGCGGGCCGCUGCGGCACCAGCACCACCGCCACCAGCACCACCGCCACCACCGGCACGGGCCGGGCUGCGCGAGGGCGCACCAGGGGCUGCAGGCCAGCCUCGCCUCGCUGCACUCCAGGGACUCCGGCGUGGGCGGCUCCCACAGGCCUGCGGGGGCCGGCGGCCGCUGCAUCUGCGGCCACUCCACCAGCCACUCCUCGGACAGCAGCGGGGGCAGCUACGAGGACUCGCUGAAGGGCGCCCAGCUGCGCCGCGGCCACGCGCCGUCGCGCCGCCAGCGCCAGCGGCACAGCUCGGCCUCGGCCGCCAGCUCCCUGGGCGCCGCCCCCGCCGUCCCUGCCGCCCCCGCGCCGCCCCCGCCCGGCCUGCCGCCGGCGUCGGGCCGCACGUCGCCUUGCGCCACGCUAGGCCGCCGGCCCAGCCACCGCGACGCGGGCUCCGUGCGCUAG